ACGAAUUCAAACUAGUGGCGGGCGGCCCCGCGUUAUGGUUCAGAACUUGAGAAGUUGUUUUCAGAGUCUGAAUCUUCCCGCAACGCAGAUCAAUCAUCAUUCUUUAUUCCAUCGCCUCCUUUUCUUUUCCUAUCUCUAUUGAUUAACAGAGAGAAUCUUCUGCAAUCUAACUUUGGGUGGGCUUAAACUAUGAACGGCAAGGCUAGUGUUUCCAAAGAGCUUGAUUCAAAGCACGCCAAGACACUUGAGGGGCUACUUAAAUUGCCAGAGAACAAGGAAUGUGCUGAUUGCAAGAGCAAAGGUCCCAGAUGGGCUAGUGUGAACCUCGGAAUCUUCAUUUGCUUGCGUUGUUCUGGCAUUCACAGAGGCCUCGGAGUACAUCUCUCAAAGGUGAGGUCUGUCACUUUAGAUACAUGGCUUCCGGAGCAGGUUGCAUUUAUCAAAUCAACUGGAAAUGAUAAAUCAAAUUGCUAUUGGGAAGCUGAACUGCCACCAAAGUAUAACAGAGUUGGGAUUGAAAAGUUUAUUUGUGCAAAGUAUGUGGAAAAAAGAUGGGUUCCAAGAAAAGUUGAUAGACUGGAGCCUAAGCUAGAAGCUGAUGAAAACCUAAAACCAUCUUCCUUGGAUGUUAAAAAGGAAAAGCUAAACUGGAUUACGUUUGACACUGAUAUGGAAAAUCCAAGUUCCAGUUUUUCAGGAGUAUCAAUCCUUGAUCCCAAACCAAACAUCAUUAAAGGUAUAAAAUUGCCAUCCUAUGAGUCCAAGAAGCCAAACACUAGAAAUGAUAUCCAACCAGUCUUCUCAGCACCUAGAGUUGAUUAUGCUACUCAACUUUUUGAUAUGCUCUUCAAGGAGGAGACUAAAGAAAAUAUCAAGAAAGCAUCUGUACUUCCAGAGGAAACUGAAUGUAAAUUUGCGAUAAAAUAAUUGCGCUGACAUUCUGAAAUCUUGGUUUUAACUUUUAACAUUGACUGUCCAAGUACCUUCAGGUGCAGGACAAACACCACUUAUGAAGAAGAAUGUUUCCUCCACCAUCACACGAAGUAAAAAUAAAUUUGAUCCCGGGAUUGAAGAACUUAUUAAAGAUUUCAGUCCUGUCACAGAGAUAUCCUUGAAUGCUGUGCAGAACGACAUGUCAUACCCCUUUGUCAAGGAAUUAGGAUCAACAAAAUCAGACGGUGAUCGAUUUCGUAUCUAGAAAUGGAUCAGAAAAGUUGUCUGGAAGACCCAAGAAAAAAGGUGUGAAGCAAUGAAGAGCCAUCGUCUAGAAAAGGAAAAACAACAAUCUCCAGGAAAGGCAGAGUGAUGACGUGUUCUAUAUCUAACGAGGCAGGACAUAAUAAAGCAAAAUGCCCAAAGAAGGCCUCAGAUACACACUUUGAGUCUAGCGAACUGUCGAUGACAGUUUCAAAGAGAAAAGGAGAGCAAAAAUGUGUCUACCAAUCCAAUUGAUGACAGUUUCAACGCCACCUUAUGUAGCAGGCUCUAGUGCAACCCUCCCCCCAGGAGUUUAGUAGUAACGAUGUCAUUGUAAAACAUUUGGGUGUGUUUUUUUGUUAUAUGUUUAUACUCUAGUGCAUGUCUGAUAUGUACUUAUUAAGUCUUGGUUUUGGAACAGUUUGGAGUGCCUAUAGCAAUGUUUUGGAUGGCAAUUUUUGUCUGGAUAAAUUGACUUUGUGUAAUGUCAAUCUGAUUC